AAACCAUGGGUUCACUUGAUGAAUCAGAGAAUGAGAUCAUGUUGGAUUCCAGUCCAACAGACAUGGACAGCGUUGAGUUCAAAAUAUUGAUGGCCUAUGCAAAACGGACUUUGCCGUUAGAUAAAGUCUCGCAGUUAAACGCUGCGGACAAAGAGAUCGUUCUGAAUGGAGCAUUUGGUGAAACUGAAGAAAUGGUCAAUGAUUCGGGGAAGAGAGAGAAAAACGGAAAAGACAAAACCCGCUCAGAAAACCAUGCUCGUAAAUCCAAACGCAAGAAGAAAUCUGGAUGGAGACGGUGUAUCCCGCAGUGUUUACGAGCAGAGGCAAAUGAAUAUGCCUCCCCUGUUGCACAGGUGCAGGAGGAGAGUGGAGGGGAUGCUAUGCCAUUAUCGUCUUAUCCAGACAUCAUUUACGAGCGACCACAAGAACAUGAAGUUGAACCUCAGUUUAAUGAAAUUGCAGAAGUGUUGCAAGAGAUCAUUGAUUCUAAGUUGACAGGGUUUAAAUUCAGACUGCUUCGUUCUACUAGUUUAGAAGUGGAUUCAGAAGAUGAAGAACAGAGAGCUGUUGAUCAGAUUGUGAAGAUCUUAACCACCUCGGGAGAUAAUUUAAAUGAAGAAAUGAAAAAUGACCCCCAGUUUUCCAAAAUCUUUGGUAAAAUUCCAUCUAUUUCACUUUUCAAAAAAGUCAUGGAUUGUGUAAUCCAAGUUGCUUUGCCUGAAGAAACAAGCUCUGAGGCAGCGAGCAAAGAGAAUGGAAAGCUGAAUCAGAUUGCUUUUGUGAUGCAUGCGACAACUAAGUUUGCGGCUCUUGGGAACCAUCCCAUGGCUCGUGUUAUGGGUUUUGGAGCCAAGUAUUUACAGGAAAACUACUGCACCUGGAUCACGGAGCAGGGAGGAUGGCAAAAGAUAAUGGAAGAGGAGCUUACAGACUGAGAGGCUGGGUGAUGUGCAGUCGUAACAUCAAGCCAGGACCUUGACUCGCACUUUGAAAGACUUUCCUUUUGAGCCAACCAGCACUGUCACAGAUUUAAACCCUUGGGCUUCCUCAUUGACAAGUUCACCUGCAGAGCCUGGAAUUUCAACUGGAAUGGGAAAUCCACAGAAACUGAGAUUUUUCAGGAGUGUUUAAACUCUAACUCUUAAUCAGCUUGAUUUCAGUUGUUUCUGAUCCAGGAAAAGCAGACACAGAAGUUUCAAUCGACACACCCUUCUUGAAUCUAAUAAAGUCUUCAGGAUAA